CAUCUUAUUUUCACUAGUUUUUAAUUUACACUUACAAACAGCUGAUUUUUACAAAUAUGUACUUUAAUCCCCGUCGUAUCGUUUAGCAUUACUUCUGGUGGUAACCCAAUCGGGAAUAUCAACAUUCUUCUGUACGCUAACAUUGUUCCCAAGACUGCCGAUAACUUUCUCCAGUUGUGUACUGGCAGUAAGGGUUUUGGCUACGUGGGUAGCCCAUUCCAUCGCGUAAUUCCCAGCUUUAUGGUGCGGGGCGGUGCCUUUAUAAAUCGGGAUGGUACUUGUGGCAAAUCAAUUAAUGGCACACUAUUUGAAGAUGAAAACUUUAUUCUCAAGCACGAUGUUUUUUAUCACUUUUGUGAAAACUGACUGGCUGGAUAACAAGCAUGUUGUCUUUGGCAAAGUCAUUGAGGGUAUGGACACUCAAGAGAAUUGAGGCAUAUGGCAGCCAGUCAGGUGGUACCAGUAAACAUGUCAUUAUAUCUGACUGCCGCCAGCUCUCUUAAGAUUUCCUUAUUUUUCCUUGUUUUUGUUUUAUUUGAGGUCCAACUUCAUAUAAUGAUUACUUACUGAUGUGUGCAGCGACUGCUGCAAAAUAAGUUAUAUAGUUGGAGUGUGCCAAUUGCAGCCUGGACCAGAUAU